AUGGCCCCCCCCACCCUGCUCGUGAUCGGCGGCAACGGCCAGACCGGCGUGGAGGUCAUCCGCGCGUGCGCGGCGAGCGCCGCGAAGCCGCCGGUCCACGCCUUCUGCCGCACCCCGUCCAAGCUGUCCGAGUCGGACGCGGCCCACUGCGUCUCGGUCAUCGAGGGCGACGCCCGCUCCGCCGAGGACAUCGCGCGCGCGCUCGAGCAGGCCAAGCCCGACGCCGUUGUCGUCGCCGUCGGCCGCUCCGAGGACCUCGGCCCCACCGACGUGCGCGCCGCCUCCGCAAAGGCCCUCAUGGACAGCGUCGCGCCCGGCGAGAAGUUCGACCAGGUCAAGAUCGUCGUCGUCAGCAGCGUCGGCGCCGGCGGUACAAAGCUCCACAUCGGUUUUGGCAUCGGUAUGCUCCUCGGCAUGCGCCUCAAGCACGUCCUCGCAGACCACGACCGACAGGAGAAGGAGAUCUGGGAUAGGCUCGCAGACCAGAAGAACCGCGCUCUCGUCCUCCAUACCACAGGCUUGACUACGGGACAGCCCGCAGGGGAGGUCUGCAUCUUCGAGGGCAAGAUCCCACACCCUAGGAUCGAUAGGGCCGUCGUCGCUAGGUUUAUCGUGGCAGAGCUCUGUGGCACUUGCCCGAACUUUGGAAAGGCCAUUUCUAUCACCACGAAGAAGUAG